GCGAAUUCCUGUACCUAGCCACACAGACAUGGAAGAAGUUACCGUGAUACUAAUAUUAAUUUUUACAACUUUUCAAAUGUUAUGGCUCAGAAGGAGGCAGAUUGAAGAAAGUGAAAGGAACAUAAGAGAACUGAAAAGAAGGAGAGAGAGACUGAGAAAAAGAUUGGAGUUCACUAUGGAGAGUGCAGAUGCUUCACUUUUUGACGAGCUGCUGCGGCGCCGUAAUCAAACAUUAAGACAGGUCAUUGCCUCAUUCAGACGCCGGAGACCCCCAGUCACCUGGAUAAGAAGCAGGUCAUCCGAAUGGUGGGACAAUACCGUGUCGGGAUUCACCGACGGUCAGUGGAUCAAACAUUUCCGAGUGUCAUCGGGGACUUUCCAGUACGUGUGCCACAAACUUCAGUCAGUGAUGGAGAGGAGGGACACCAAGUUCCGUCUGUGCGUACCCCUGCGUAAGAGGGUUGCCAUCGGUCUGUGGAAACUCGCCACUAAUUCAAAGUACCGCAAUGUGGCGCGCCUGUUCGGAGUCGGCAUCACUACGGCGUGGCGCUGCGUGAGCGAGUUUUGCACCGCGGUUACUGAAGUAUUUCUGCCCAGACUCAUGCAGAUUCCUGACCCCGAGAAACUGGCUGAAAUAUCUGACUACUUCGAAAGGAGAUGGAGUGUGCCGAAUUGUGUCGGUGUUGUACACGUGUCCCAUAUACCCAUCGUGGCCCCUCAAGAAUACCAGUGCGACUAUUUAAAUCAGCAGGAUUGGCACUCUGUUAUACUUCAAGCGGUUGUGGAUGGAAGAGGAUUGUUUUGGCACGUUUGUGUUGGCAUCCCGGGAAGCGUGCAUGACGCCAAAGUUCUCAAACAAUCGGACCUUUGGCAACUUGGAAACAAUGCAUUCUUCCAACCUAACGAAACGAGGAACAUCGGAGGACAAGAGGUCGGGUAUUAUCUCAUUGGAGAUGCGGCGUAUCCGUUGCAGAAGUGGCUUAUGAAGCCGUACUUUGACACAGGGACAUUGACAGGGGCGCAGCGCACUUACAAUUCCAUCAUUUGCACGGCGCGAUCGGUCAUUGACAACGCGUUUGACAGGUUACAGGGCAGAUGGCAGUGUCUGGUGAAACGCAGUGACUGUAACGUGAAUUUAGUGAAAAGUAUGGUAUUGACAUGUUGCAUUCUGCACAAUUUAUGCGAAAGCCGCGGCGAGGUCUUUAGGGAGGAAUGGCGGUGGCCAGCCGCACCCCAGCAGCCCACCGUGCCAGUGUACCAGGAACGAGUGACAGAGGGGACUGAAGUGCGCGAGGCACUCCUGCACUAUUUCGCAUCACUUCAGCAGCUCACCAUUAACAAUUGUACGUAAAUAUUCUAUUUGUACAGUUUGAAGUAACACAUGCAGAGAGAGCAAAACAGUCUUGCAUUUUACAUGAUGUGGCAUGUAAAAUGUCUGGCUCUUUCGGACUGAAUGAGGCAUAAAAGGUGAACAGAGAAGUCCUUCAAGAACAUUAAAGGAGGGUACACUGUACAUGUGGGAUUCAAAUGGUAAAAGAAAGUGGAAACUGUAAAGGUGCAAAAAAAUCCUAGAACAAGACAAAGUUGGAAAAUGUGUACAAAAAGACUUCACUAGAAAAGCGAUGCCCAUCAGUAUAGUUGGUUCAAAUUAUGUAUUGUGCCCAGAGCACGUUUCCAGCAGUAAAGCAACAACAAAAAUAAUUAUAUAUUAUACCCUGCUAUGGAUGGCUCAGAACUUAGACAACCUGAAAUUAAUUUCAAUUCAAUUCCAUUGUCCCAAGGGUGACAGCCAUCAAAUAUAAACAUGGUACAAAUAAAUAAAAUCUAGCAAUAAGCAAUAAUACUUAUGGUGAAACAUUAAAUCAGAUUUAUUAGACAUAAAAAUGAAACCAACAUUUAGACUUGACUGAUGAAUGAAGCAAAUGCUAACUGUUCAACCUAUGAUUUAAGCCUGUGGAUGUUUAUUAAAAUUGAACUUAUUUCAACGAUAUUAAUAAUAGCAGCUGGAAUUAAAGAGUAUUUUAACCCACUGCUUUUUAUCCUGGGAACCUUGAACUUGUGACCCGAUGGCAGCAAUUGAAAUUGAGAAUGCGGUGGACCAGUCCUGUCUGAUGAAAUACACUCAGCUUUCUCUAAUUCUUGGUUGUUAAACAGGUCUGUGAGACUGGACUGUUCAGACCCUAUUAUUUUAGUUCUCCAUUUUCCAAUUUGAUUUAUUUUGGUUUUCUUGCUGACAUUGUUUUGUCACAAAAUUAAGUGGUAUCUAUUGCCUGAAGGUUCACACUCUCAUGCAUUUUAAUUUAAUAUUAAUCUAUGGCACUUCUUCACCAUACAAAGCCUGUCAAAUGCAGGCCAGUUUGCGUUUUGUUGCCCAGAUGAUUCAAACAUUAAUACAGUGCUUUUACAUGCAGGUGUUUAUA